CGUGACCUCUGUCUCGUCUGACUAGCGCUGCAACUACAUUUCCGCGUCGUACAAAUAAAAUACUUGGAUUUACUGACGCAUUCUCUCCCGCACUUUGAUCUGUAGUCAGCAGAUAAUCGGUAAUCAAUCGUUACUACUCAAGUCAGGAUGAUGAAGAUGAAACUUACAUUCGAUCGUCGUCUCUUGAUGUAUCAUACUCGCUUCUGUGCACCGUUUGUAGCUGGUUUGCUAAUCUUCCGGCCUGAAUGUGGAUUAUGGCACUACGUUUUGGCGAGGAAAGCAACAACGUAUUCUAAUUCUACUGCUGGUGUUGUGGGAGAAGCCGACCUUGUAUCACCGGCAAAUGAACCUGACCUGGACAUAAUCGGUGACGCUCAGGGACGCUACAACGUAAGCCGAGUCCGCCUUCCGGGGGAAGAAGAAAGCGAGCCGCGUUUUACUCCAGCCUUGCCAGAACACGACAAGAGCAGAGACACACAGGCCUAUAAUUUUUCGCUGUCUUUUUGCUCCUCGAAAAAUUAUGACGUCUAUCCCCCGCCACCUUACCCGGCAUUUCUAACGGAGAGCGAGCGAGAGCAUGUGCUUGGGAUUGUCGUCCGGUCGGACGACGGAAGGAAGACGCAAAACAAAACCGUGUUACCAUGCGAGGAAGCUGCGGGAGGAUCAGGAUCAGCACAGGAUAGGAAGAAGCUACACAAAAAAUUCGAAGUCGUUGGGGAACAAGUUCAUGAUUCCGAGAAGAUUGCCAGUGCUGAGCGAAAUCGUAAUGACUCUGGACGAAAUCGUCGAGAACUGCAGCAAGACCACCAGAUUCAGAACCGCGCUGGCAGUUGUCGUACCACGUUCGAUGGUGGUAAAAAAACACUACAAAGCGGAGAGCAUGCACCUCCUUCCGAUCGUGAUGAAGCGCCGAAAAUUACGACUCGGCCCACGAGUUUGAUGUCAGCGGAGGAAGUGAACGAGGCCACGUCCUCGUCAACCUCAACGAGCACGUCAUCGGUAGAAGAUGAUAAUCUUGGUGCAGAGGCAGAAGCAAAAGAGGUGGGUGCGGGGAUUCACGAACGAAGGAGCGUCAGGAGUGACCAGAGGAAGGCAAUCAUGGGACCUGCGAAGCACCGCUCGGGUGCGGAGACGGAAAACAAAAAGCAUCUGUCUCAUCUUCCAAGCGAGGCACGUGCUGCUACUACGAGUCGAAAGAGCAGGAACACGCAUCAGCACGCACGGUCCUGUUCGACCCCAACGUGCUCCUUCUCAACACACUGGCGGUUCCACAAGGAAAUGAGCCGCUCGUUUUCCGCGAGUGCGUCUAGUAAAAACGGUUGUCAUGCUCAUGGUUCGGCGGCGGGGUCACGUUUUAUUUCCGCGAGCUUGCAUAACCACGAACGGAAAGAGGUGCAAGAUUCUGAUGGACAGGACGAUCGUGAAGAUGUUUCUGCAUCCACCAAUUCUAUGAAGAUCUACGAGGAAGCAGAAGCGCAUGAUGCGCAGGAAGGCACGUUCACGGUAGAUGACGAAGGUCGUAACAGUCAUGAGGACGAAGCGGAGCAGUUUCUUCCUCCACCCAUUUCCAGGGCAGUUGCGGUCGUGAAUAUGAAUCCAGUUGUCUCUCCAACAGAAGAAUCGUCAACGCGUUUGCUCUUUGGUUCCGACGAAGACGAAGAAAGCGGGUCGCUACUAGGGGGCGCGCCAGAAACAAGAAUUACAAGUACUUCUAUUCAUUGCUGCACGUCGUCCCCUCGACCGCACCGGACGCCCCGGAAUCCCUGGCUCUGCGGGCAGAGUGCUGCGGCUUCGUCGAAGCAGGGUGGACGGACUUCCCGAGGUUUUCUUUCUUCCGCACGACAAGGGACUGGCUCGCAGCGGGAGUAUCGGCCACUGACCACAGGAGAAAAACUGAUGCAGAGGCAUUUACUUCCGAGCUCUGACGGUGAAGAUGCAGGAGACGAAAAUUCUUUGGCAGUUGCUGGUGGUUCCGGUUCAUCUCAUGCUUCUCAUCAGGAAGAACCCCAACAAGCUCUGCCUGUGCCAGCACCGCGUCACUUCUGCGCGGGGACAGUUACUCUUUUCCAGAGUUUCAUGGAGAGACAACUGAUCCAGAACAAACAGCAGCGGAAACAAAUUCGUUGUGUUUCCCCUCUCAGUUGUCGCGCAGAUCUAAAGUUGGGGCCGCCUUUGUAGCCCUGGCAGCAGCAGCUCUCUGGGGAGCGGGCAUGGUUGGGCUGAACACGAAUCCGCUUUGCAGCUAUGUUUACACGGCGCGCUUUUGUAACGAACACCGAGACCAUUUAUUUCAUCCUGAUGCUGGCGCUGAUGGUGCGCAGGGGGAGAGCGAAGAAAAAGUAAGGAGCACAGCGAGCACCAGGGUCAGCUCUGGCAGUAGUCGGGGUCAUUUUGCGGCCCAGGCACAGCGCCGGAAGCUUCUUCGCCGAGGUUCUUCGGGAGGGGAGACCCACCAAAACUUUUACAACUAGUAGAUUUUUCAAAUUCCCGCGGCUACGCACCGGCACCGCGGGAAGGAAAGGAAAAUUUCUAUAGUGUGGAAAACCUUUGCGGUUCAGAGCCAACACCACGAGUCGACGCUUGUCCCCUAUAUGUCGGCCACUGACAACUGCAGCUGAGAAUACAACCACCUGAAAAAUUCAAACGUUUCGCAUUCGAUGACUGUUUCACCCUUUUUAGGCUCUGUAGUCUCAGCGACUCUGAGCGUGCGUGCUCCCUGUAUACAGAUCGACUACCUUCUCACAUUUAUUUUCUGCCAAUCAAGCAAAUCUGAAUCUGUUUUUAGUUUUUGUGCGUGGUUGCCACUGUCUUUCAU